GUCGGCGGACCCGGCCUCGCAGGGCGGAAGUGGGCGGCUGCGGUGCCCGCGGAGCCGCGCUGCGGGCGGGACCUGGCCGAGCUGGAGGGCGCCGGGGAGCGGAGCUCGGGCGGUCCCCGAGGCCCGAGCGAGCGGACUUCGGGGGGACCUGCGGCGACCGCGCCGGCGCCAGGGGAGCGCGGCGGGGAUGGGGCGCCGAGCCGGGCGGGCGCCGGGGCCUCGGCCAUGUUCGCGGGGCUGCAGGACCUGGGCGUGGCCAACGGCGAAGACCUGAAGGAGACGCUGACCAACUGCACGGAGCCGCUCAAGGCCAUCGAGCAGUUCCAGACAGAGAAUGGCGUGCUGCUGCCCUCCCUGCAGUCGGCCUUGCCUUUCUUGGACCUGCAUGGGACACCUCGGCUGGAGUUCCACCAGUCGGUGUUUGACGAGCUUCGGGACAAGCUGCUGGAGCGGGUGUCCGCCAUUGCCUCAGAGGGGAAGGCUGAGGAAAGGUACAAGAAACUGGAAGAUCUUCUAGAAAAGAGCUUUUCUCUGGUGAAGAUGCCGUCCCUGCAGCCAGUGGUGAUGUGUGUCAUGAAACAUUUGCCCAAGGUUCCGGAGAAGAAGCUGAAGCUGGUGAUGGCUGACAAGGAGCUGUACCGGGCCUGUGCCGUGGAGGUGAAACGGCAGAUCUGGCAGGACAACCAGGCUCUGUUUGGCGACGAAGUUUCUCCGCUGCUGAAGCAGUACAUCCUCGAGAAGGAGAGUGCGCUUUUCAGCACCGAGCUCUCCGUCCUGCACAACUUCUUCAGCCCUUCCCCGAAGACGAGGCGCCAGGGCGAGGUGGUGCAGAAGCUGACGCAGAUGGUGGGGAAGAACGUGAAGCUGUACGACAUGGUGCUGCAGUUCCUGCGGACCCUCUUCCUGCGGACCCGGAACGUGCACUACUGCACGCUGCGGGCCGAGCUGCUCAUGUCCCUGCACGAGCUGGACGUCGGGGACAUCUGCUCCGUGGACCCCUGCCAUAAGUUUACCUGGUGCCUGGAUGCCUGCAUUCGUGAGCGGUUUGUGGACAGCAAGAGAGCCCGAGAGCUGCAGGGGUUUCUUGACGGCGUGAAGAAGGGGCAGGAGCAAGUCCUAGGGGACCUGUCCAUGAUCCUGUGUGACCCCUUUGCCAUCAACACCCUGUCGCUGAGCACCGUCAGGCACCUGCAGGAGCUGGUCGGCCAGGAGACCCUGCCUAGGGACAGUCCCGAUCUCCUGCUGCUGCUCAGGCUGCUGGCGCUGGGCCAGGGGGCAUGGGACAUGAUUGACAGCCAGGUCUUCAAGGAGCCCAAGAUGGAGGCGGAGCUCAUCACCAGGUUCCUGCCCAUGCUCAUGUCCUUCGUGGUCGACGACCAUACCUUCAACGUGGACCAGAAGCUGCCGGCUGAGGAGAAAGCCCCGGUCACGUACCCGAACACGCUCCCGGAGAGUUUCACCAAGUUCCUGCAGGAGCACCGCAUGGCCUGCGAGGUGGGGCUGUACUACGUGCUGCACAUCACCAAGCAAAGGAACAAGAACGCGCUCCUGCGCCUGCUGCCGGGGCUGGUGGAGACCUUUGGCGACCUGGCGUUUGGGGACAUCUUCCUGCACCUGCUCAUGGGGAACUUGGCGCUGCUGGCCGAUGAGUUUGCCCUGGAGGACUUCUGCAGGAGCCUCUUCGAUGGCUUCCUCCUCACGGCCUCGCCCAGGAAGGAGAACGUGCAGCGCCACGUGCUGCGGCUCCUCAUCCACCUGCACCACCGGGUGGCCCCGUCCAGGCUGGACGCCCUGCGGAAGGCGCUGGAGCCCACGGGCCAGAGCGGAGAGGCCGUGAAGGAACUUUACUCUCAGCUCGGUGAGCGGCUGGAGCAGCUGGAGCACCGGAAGCCCAGCCCGGCCCAGGCCGCUGAGACUCCGGCCCUGGAGUUGCCCCUCCCCGCCGUGUCCACUCCGGCUGGGCUCUGAGCCUUCACCUGGGGCUGCUUGGGACUGGGCAGGGCCCCCGGUGGGGCCGUGGCCGUGGCCGGCCAGGAGGAGCUCCCCUGCCAUUGCAAGCACGGGACCCCGUCUCUCCUGGGGGCCGGCGGGCCGCUGGGGGGGCUGGGGCUGGCCGAGCGGAGCACCCCCCACCCUGGGACCUCCUGCACGUGGGGCCCCCUUCUGCGCCUCCGCCUCCCCACGAACUGGGUCCUGGGACGUGUGUGUGGUCCACGGGAACGGGAUCGUGUUUUCGCUCCUCGCGGGUCCCCGUCUGGUUCUGUGGAGCACAGCUCUGGGUCUGCUCUGCCCCUCCUGGCCGCUUGAGCUCAUUCCAGGCC